GACUAUAUCUUUCCUUCACAAACAUCCAUAUCACCAUUUUGGGUUUUGCCUGGUCCCUCUUUGAUUUUCCACCAUCUCAUAUCUACCAAAAGUCCCCAACUUGAUUCCACAAUCCAACACCCUUCCUCCUCAAUUGAACUCACCAAUCGGAGCCCUCUGCAAUUCGGUUGUUGCUUUGAUCCAAAAAAAAAACGACGACGACGGAUCAGGCGGCGGAGACGAGGGCGGAGCCGGACUGUAUGGUAGGUCCGGUGGUGGAGGCGAGAAGAGGACAUGACUGUAUGGUUGGGUUGGAGUGCUUUCUGGACAUCGUCAGGGCUCUAGGGAUGGGCUCAUGCCUCUCCGUCACCGGCGACGGCCGCGUGUCGUCGUCCUCGGCGCCGAGCAGCAAGAGGAGGAGGAGGCUGGCCGGGAACUCGCCGUCUCCGACUGCGGUGACGUCACCGGUCUCGUCGAUGGAGAUGUGGCUGCAUAGGGUUCCGGGGAGGCUGUUCCUGAAUGGCUUCUCUGAUGUGGCUUCCUUGUUCAGCAAGCAAGGCAGGAAGGGUGUCAAUCAGGACGCUAUGAUUGCUUGGGAGAAUUUCGGCUCGAAGGAAGAUACAAUAUUUUGUGGUGUGUUUGAUGGACAUGGUCCUAGUGGUCAUAUGGUGGCAAAGAAGGUGAGGGAUUCUCUGCCUUUGAAAGUCAGCUCACAGUGGGUGUUGAACACCAGCGCAGCAGAUGUUAACCGCGCGGGUGCGUCUGAGGAGAACAAGGAUAGGGACGGGGGAUUCUUUGACUCAUUGAAAGAUUCGUUUUUGAAGGCCUUUAAGGUUAUGGACAAGGAGCUUAAGUUGCAUCCUCGUAUUGAUUGCUAUUGUAGUGGGACAACUGCAGUUACCAUGGUCAAGCAGGGUCAGGAUCUUGUUAUUGCAAAUAUUGGGGACUCAAGAGCUGUGCUAGGCACAAGAGAUCAAGACGGUUCUCUCAUUGCUGUUCAGUUGACUGUAGACUUAAAACCAAAUCUUCCGAGGGAAGCUGAGAGGAUCACCUUAUGUAAAGGUCGAGUAUUUGCUCUCCACAACGAGCCUGAUGUCACUCGUGUUUGGUUGCCCAACAGCAAUUCUCCAGGACUUGCGAUGGCCCGGGCUUUUGGAGAUUUCUGCCUAAAGGAUUAUGGUUUAAUCUCUGUCCCUGAUGUUUCUUAUCGCUGCCUCACUGAGAAGGAUGAAUUUGUAGUAUUGGCAACUGAUGGAAUCUGGGAUGUUCUCUCAAACAAAGAAGUUGUGGAAAUAGUGGCAGCAUCCCCACGAGCAGCUGCUGCUCGAGCCCUGGUGGAGUUGGCCAAUCAAGCUUGGAAAUUUAAAUACUCAUAUGCCAAGGUUGAUGAUUGUGCCGUUGUUUGUCUCUUUCUCACUUCUAGUGCUUCAGACAAUACUUCCCUUUGCAUACCCGAGGGGAAAGUUAACUCUUUAGAAGUAGCUGACGUCGAUGGUGUUAAAAUAACUGUUUAAGUUGCUUCAGAAAUACCAUCUGAAAAAUUGGCUUAAUAUCAGGAUGUGAGUUGGUACAAGAACAUCGGUUGCAUGCUUCUUUUUGGCGUGGUACAAUCGCCUAUUCCUAAGCCUUCUUGAUUUGAGCAGUAGCAAGGUUUUAUUAGCUCCGUUCUUAUUGUGUAUAUUUCUCGUCAUUCUUUCAA